AUGGCUUCAGCACAGCAACAGCAAGAUCUAAAGCUCUUCUUCGAAUAUCAAGGAGUUGCGGAAAACGACGUAAAUCGACUACAUUACAUUCAAAAGUUUACAGAUUUCCAAUUUUUUAGACUAGCUAACCCCGCAUACUCGUCGUUCGACAGAGCCUACAUCAAGUGGUUACAACAACCGAUUUAUCAAACAAUGGAAAGCAGCACAAUUAUUACAACACCACCGCCACAAACCUUUUUCAACGCGUUACAACAACCACCACCGUACACGUCACCGCCUGUCCUGAACAAUGUGAACGAAUACUAUAAUAACGAUCUAUUAAAUAUCAUGAACCCGAUAAACCCAAAUACUCUAUACCCCAACAACGAAGCAGAAUAUCUACUGAAUGAAACAACGUCAACCGAAGUACUAGAAUCAAGUAGCGAUAAUCAAUCUCCCGCAACAUCCCCCGCACCUAUACAACCACCCGCGACCCCCGUGAAAAAUAAACCCCUAACGCCUAUGGGUAAAAACAUAAACAAUUUAAAAAAAAGUUUAAAACAAAAAGCAUCGUCCGCGCCUAAAAGUGGAAGACCAAAUAAACACGUGCAUCUCACAAGGAUUGAAAACGAUCAAGCAGACGAGGAGAAAAUCAGCUCACAAGACGUAAUUCUCUACGCAUUGGAUGGUACAGAGAAAAUACGAAAAACAAUUUUAACUACUAGCAACGAAACUCUUGAAACCUACAACAUAAAACACUAUCAAUGCUACAUAUACCUAGGCGAUAAACGCGAACAUGCAUUGGAGAAAAUUAAAACACAAAAAGACAAACUAGAAAAACUUUGCUAUCUUGAAAAAUUCACGAUCGAAGCGUUAAAAAAUCGUAAAAGUAGAAAACUCGAAAAAAAUGUUUUGUAA